AAUACAAACAUCGCCCGCGUGAUGUAUUUGUCGCUUUUCACUUCCGUGGCUCCAAAAAACCCACUGAAAUAAAUGUAUCAAAAUUGAAAAAUCCACUUUCCUUCUCGUUCCCAUGUCCUGUUUGUGUCUAACCAGCUGAAAACCACAGAGGAAGAAAGAAGAAGCGCUGAAGAAUUAAGAGUCGCAAUUUCAUGGCAUGUCCAUUUUCAACGAAAUGGGGAAGAGACUUCAUCUGCUUCUCCAACGUCCCAAGCUCACAUAAUGGUAGAAGACUCGAUUUCCUUGCUUCUUCCUUAGACCUUUCUUCUUCUUCUUCUUCUUCUUCCUCUUGUUGCUCUUUUGCUUCUUCCUCUUGUUCCUCUUUUUCUACUUCUUCUCAAAGAGUAAUUAGUUACAGACAAUUAUAUGGGACGAUUAAGAAAUCACUUGAAAUUGGGAGAAGUCGAACUGGGUCUGUGUCAGCUACACGGAGCACAAGUUUCAGUAAUGAAAAUGGAUCAAACAUGGUGUGGAAAAUGCCAGUUGGAAGAGAAAAGAAACCAUUUUGGAGAAAGAUUUUGUUUGCUUCGAAGAAGGUCAGGAGUAUUAUCUUGCUCAAUGUGAUCACCGUUGUCUAUGCAAGUGACAUUCUGGUUGUUAAAGGGGCUGAAGCUACCAUGGACCCAGCAGCCUUCUCGGCAGUGCGAUUUGUCAUGUCAGCAAUCCCAUUUUUGCCGUUUGUGUUUCGGGCUCGAGACAAUGCUCGGACCCGUAAUGCAGGGAUAGAGUUGGGGUUCUGGUUGAGUCUAGCAUACUUCAUUGAGGCAGUUGGACUACUUACUUCAGAAGCUGGGCGUGCAUCAUUCAUUUCUCUGGUUACAGUAAUAGCAGUACCGUUGCUUGAUGGCAUGCUGGGAGCAAUUAUACCCGCCCGAACCUGGUUUGGAGUUCUUAUGUCUACAAUUGGAGUUGCUGUACUGGAAUGCAGCGGAUCCCCUCCAAAUAUUGGUGAUCUUCUGAACUUCUUGAGUGCAAUAUUUUUUGGAAUCCACAUGCUUCGAACUGAACAUAUUUCGCGAAGCACCGAGAAGGAGAACUUCUUGGCAAUUCUUGGAUACGAGACAUGCGUUGCUGCUCUUUUCUCCACCAUGUGGGUAUUCCUUGGAGGGUGGUUUGAUGGUGAGCAAGAUUUUCUGCAGUCAACAUGGGCUUGGACAGAGUUAUGGAAUUGGAUUGUUGCAUUUCCAUGGAUUCCUGCGCUUUACACUGGUGUAUUUUCCACUGGAAUUUGCUCAUUUAUUGAGUUUUCAGCCAUGCGUGACGUUUCAGCGGCGGAAACAGCCAUAAUUUAUGGGCUUGAGCCAGUCUGGGGUGCCGGUUUUGCGUGGUUUCUCCUCGGUGAAAGGUGGGGUGCAGUUGGAUGGAUUGGAGCUACUUUUGUUCUUGGUGGAAGCUUAAUUGUGCAGAUGUUUGGAACUUCACCUACAAAGGAGGAACUCAAAGAGGCCGAAGAGAGUAAUCAGAAAUGUGAUCUUCUUGCUCCGCACGAGCAGUUAAUAAAGAAUGGUCUCUCUGCUUCACCAAUUGUAGUCAGAUCCCGAAAAGAUGUUGUAAAUAUACUGAAGUGACCCUUACAUAUCAAGUUUUAAGUAUAACUGCAAAUAUUGUAUAGGCAAGUCUUUUAGGUAUACAUUUGUUUCAUGUAUACAUGUUUAUUCGACGCUCUAAUAACUUACAAGGGAAUGUCUGGACUUACCCUGCAACAGAAACCCCACAAUUAAGGGGCUAAAAGGAAAAAAGGUAUCCAUGCAGUUUAUAUAUGACGCAGA